CCGCAUGUGUAAACGAGCGGGUCUUGGGCGCUUUAAAAAUGGCGGAAUAACCGUCCGGCUAUUUCUCUUCGAAGGCAAUGGCGGAAUUGAAGGAUGCUGUGACAACGUCCGUUGUGAAAUCUGCGAAACAGAAAGAGAAAAUAUACGCUGCAGUAUUUUUAAGCACCGUUGCAAGUAUUUCUGCCUUUGCUGGCUUUGCCAGAGCAGUGGGGAUUACCAAAAAGCAAGAUCCAAAACACUUUGGAGAAGGAAUUUCUGGCAUUAAAGGAAUUAAUGAAACAGGAGCAUCAUUAGCGAUACGAGCCCUUGGCUGGGGUUCGCUUUGUGCUAUCACAGGAUGUAGCUUAUUUUUCUAUGGAAUCUGGAAAAUUUCUGGAGCCACUAAUGCAGAAGAAUUUAGAUUCAAAAUGGGUUCUUUACUACCAAAAAUACCAAAGAAGAAUCCACCUCAAAGCAGAACAGAAUUUGAAGGUUUAACAGAUCUAUUGACAUACAUCUCCGAAGAUUGGGGACAAAAUAAAGAGGAAUAAAAAUUUGAACAUGCAUAUAUAUAACGUGUAUAUAUCUUGCUUAUGACCAGCAGGUCAUUAUGACAUUUAAUAGAUUUACGAAUGGCGUGAUCAGUCGAGAAUCGUACGAUAGUAUGAUGAAUCAUGCAUGAGUUUAUCGCGUGUUACCAAAUAACUCAUCGUAUAUUGAAUAGAUUGAAUGAGUUUUUUAUAAAACCGUAAAUUAAAUCAAUAGCAAGUUAACUUGUGGAUAAAUAUUUUAUAUAUUUAUUGUAUAUCUAGUUAUAUAUACAUACAAUAUUACUUAAAUAAAAAUUAUAAAAUUAUAAUACACCCGAGGAAUGUUAUUACCAGCAUCAAAUUAAGAAAAGUAGUUAUUUAGUAAACGUGGUUAAUUACUGUAAUAUAAUUAUGUUAUAUUAAUUAUUCGCAAAAAAGCUACUUUUUCCUAUUUUAGAGCAAGUUAAUGAUAUUUGAACUCCUGUGAUCCAUACAAACUAGGAUUUGUUUUUAUAGUUUUAGUUAUUAUAUAUUUGGAAAAAAGUUAAAUUUUUUGAUAAUAAAGUACUACUGAAAUAAAACACUACUAUAUUAGAGUCUUAUGCUUAGCAAAAUAUUUAAUUUGCACUUUUACAUUUGUGUUUGGCGCUGUUGCUUUACAUUGCUUUUUUUUAUUUAAACUCUAUGAGAUAUAUUAGAUUAUCUAUAGUCUAUAAAUGAAUUUAAAAAAAAAUUCAAGAUUUAUCAACUAUCGUCUAAAAAAAUUUUAAGACUAAUUUAAAUUUAACAGAAUUCGCAAUAUUUUGGAAAAAUAUUUCUAAAUAUUGAGUUUUCGAUAUUUUUCGUAAAAUUAUGUAAUUUUUAAAAAGCUAAAAAAAUGAUAAAUAAAAAAUCUUGUUUAGAAAUAGUCAUUAAGAGAUUUAAUAUUAUAUAAAAAAUGUAACGUUAAUUUAUUUGUUAUUUUAUAAAUAAUUUAUAUAAAUGUAUGCAAUUUUUGUAUUUCUUUAUGUAAGAGGGAGUAAAUUAUGAUCUUUUUCUAAAAUAAAAUUGAUAUAUCUUGUA